AUGAGGUUCUCCGUUCUGUCUACAGUGGCUUCUUUGGCUAUCGUCACUCCUACCUUGGCCCAGACUCCUCCUGGUUUCUCGCCUGCAACAACCAAGACCUUCACCGUCAAGUUUGGAAAUACUGCCGUCACGGCUGGUAACGCUAUCAAGCUACAAGACACUGCUGUUGCACCCAGCGUCGACUUCGGUGAUGUCUCUGGCGGCUCGGCUCAUGUUGUCGCCAUGCUGGAUCUCGAUGCUCCCAUGGGUGACGCUGAUCGAUCCUACUCGCCUCUCCUCCACUGGAUGGCUUCCAUACCUUCUGGGGACAAGAGCAGUGCCACGGCCAAGGAUGUAGCCCCAUAUGCUGGCCCCCAGCCUCCUGUUGGAUAUGGCCCCCACCGAUAUGUCCUCCUGCUUUUGACCGACCCCUCGGCGGAAUUUCACCUGCCCUCCGGCUUCGAGAACCAGACCUACGCGGAUGUCACCUCCCGUCUUCAGUUUCCCCUUGAGAAGUUCCUCGCUGCGGGAAACUUUCAAGUCACUGCCGCUAACUGGUUCACGACUGAGAAUAUCACUACCACGCCUACCAAUUCCACCGGUCCCAGCAACUCCAGCAGCCCCAGCACCAGCGCCCCUGUAACGGCCGGUGCCUCUGGCCUCCAAACCUCUCUUAUGGGUGCUGUUUUGGCUCUCAUGAGUCUCCAGAUCUUCAAUUUGUAA